UUUCGUGCAGUAGAGUGCAAUCCACAUGAAUAAAUGAUGAUGCCUGUGAGAUCGGCUGAGAGGCACCGCAUCUGCACACAAAUGGUCUCUGUGCAACCCGGAGCGCACUGAUUACCAUUCCGAGCACAGCACCUCUGGUCAGAAAUGGAGCCGGGUCGGUGGUUGACAGUAGUCCAGGGGGCAAGAGAGGAUAAGAGGGGAGGGGGGGGCGCAUAUUAUGGCAGCAACCUUUCAGUCAAUCUGGAUUAAGUCGCACUGAGCCCUGCGUCGCCAGCGAAAGCCCGUGAAAGCGAUCCGAACAUCUGGCUGGAUUCAGCACAGCAGCAGUCACUCACAGCGCUGUGGAUAAUAAAGCAGCCUGUCGCUUCAGAGGCGUUUUCUCUUCUGGAGACUGUGCACGCAGGCGGAUGCGCAGUAUAGACGCGAUCCCGCACAGCCUCGCAGCCACAACGGGACCCUUCGGCUUGCGUUUUCCAGUGGGGUUUUUUUUCCACGAAAGGGGGAGUUAUAGGCUGCAUCUCCGAUGUGAGGGGAUCGGAGAGGAGUCGUCCUUUAAUACCCUGGUCAUGGAUUUCUUGAAGGGCAUCGCUGGUUUCGCAGGCCGUCACAUGUUCUAGGAGCCGAGACGCGUGUUUCGGGACACCUGAAUUAUCUCCAGCAGGCGCCGUCGGUCCCAUUUUAGACAAGCCGCUGUCAGGAUGCUCUCAGCCCUCCUGGGAGAAAAAAUGCUCAAACACACCCUCCUCUGACUCGGCUUGAUGUUUCAUCUACCAGGUGCAUUAACCGGACUGAAAAGCCAAAUGGAGUCUCUCCUGGUUUACCUGAUAGUCCUCGGUGUGGCUGUGAAGGCCCACAAAGUUCAGGUCUGCCCCAAACGCUGCGUCUGCCAAGUGCUUAACCCCAACCUGGCCACUUUGUGCGACAAAAAGGGGCUUCUCUUUGUGCCCCCGAACAUCGACAGGCACACGGUGGAGAUGCGUCUUGGGGAUAACUUUGUAACCAGCAUCAAACGCAAAGACUUUGCCAACAUGACCAGGCUGGUGGACCUGACCCUCUCUCGGAACACUAUUGGCUCCAUCGCGCCUCACGCUUUCAAAGACCUGGAGAACUUACGAGCCCUUCACCUCGAUAGCAACCGGCUGUCCCGCAUCCUCAACGACACCUUCAGCGGCAUGUCCAAGCUGCACCACCUCAUCCUCAACAACAACCAGCUCACCCACAUCCAGAUUGGGGCCUUUAAUGACCUGACAGCACUGGAGGAGCUGGAUUUAUCCUACAACAACUUGGAAAGUGCGCCAUGGGUGGCCAUUCAAAGGAUGCCCAGUCUCCACACUCUGAAUUUGGACCACAACAUGCUAAGCUACAUCCCAGAGGGCACAUUCUCUGGGCUGCAGAAGCUCAAGAGGCUGGACGUAACGUCCAACAAGCUCCAGAAGCUUCCUCCUGACCCUAUUUUCCAAAGAGCAGGGGUCCUGGCCACCUCUGGGAUCAUGGGGCCCAUGUCGUUCGCGUUGAGCUUCGGAGGGAACCCGCUGAGGUGUAACUGUGAGCUGCUCUGGCUGCGGAGGUUGCGGAGGGAGGAUGAUCUAGAAACCUGUGCCUCACCGCAACACCUCGCCGGACGCUAUUUCUGGACUGUGUCAGAGGAAGAGUUCCUGUGCGAGCCUCCUCUCAUCACCAGGCACUCUCAGGAGCUGCGAGCUUUGGAGGGUCAGAGUGUGACCCUGCGCUGUAAGGCCAGGGGUGACCCUGACCCUAUUAUCCACUGGAUCGCCCCUGACGGACGCCUUAUGUCCAAUUCCUCCAGGGCCGCGGUCCACACAGACGGCACGCUGGACAUCCUCAUCAGCACUGUCAAGGACUCGGGUUCCUUCACGUGCGUGGCCUCCAACCCGGCAGGUGAGGCCCAGCAGACCGUGGAUCUGGUCAUCACUAAACUCCCUCAUAUCACCAACAACACAGUCGCAGAGCAGGAGCCCGACCCCGGAUCAUCUGAUAUCGCCACAGUGACCAAGACUGGGGCGGAGGUGGGGGGGUUGCCUCUGGGGAACGCCAAGACGAGCCAGGAGAAGAAAGUAGUGAUUGCUGAGGCCACGUCCACCUCGGCCCUGGUCAAGUUUAACUUCCAGAGGAGUAUUCCUGGAAUACGCAUGUUUCAGAUCCAGUAUAAUGGCACCUAUGAUGAUUCACUGGUUUACAGAAUGAUACCCCCGACCAGUAAGAGCAUUUUGGUAAACAACCUGGCGGCGGGUACGCACUAUGACUUGUGUGUGCUGGCCAUCUACGAUGACCAGGUGACCUUGUUGACCGCCACCAGGGUGAUAGGAUGCAUCCACUUCACCACAGAGCCGCAGUACCUGCGAUGCCAUUUCAUGCAGUCCCAGUUCCUUGGCGGCACCAUUGUGGUUAUCAUUGGAGGGAUUAUUGUAGCCUCAGUGCUCGCUUUUAUCAUCUUUCUCAUUGUGCGCUACCGGGUGUGUAACCAAGGAGAUGCAGAUAAGGCUCUAGAGAUGGGGGACAUUCGGUCUCUGAGCAGUGAUGGACAGCUACAGGGCUGUGGGAUUGCCAAGUCCCUCUCCAAGCAGGUCCUGCAUCCAGAGAAGAAUGACAAGGAGUGCCUCAAAAUUGCCCUGCCGUCCACGGAGCCAGCCAAGCAGCGACCACCGGUCGCCGUAGCCACCACCAAGCCCUCCGUCCCUGACUGCACUGUGUCUACCUCCGCAGCCAGCCACAGCUGGCACCCGGCCUCCCCGGGGGCUCCCAGGCCCAAACGUUUCAGUGCUCCGUCGAAACCCGUAGAGGCUCGCCGAGCUGAAGCUCAGGUGGAUGUCGAGCUCGAUAACAUGAAUCGGAAUAACUCGUCGGAGGUUAAAAUGACCACCGCCGUCGCUCUGGCUGUUCCCGGCCAGCCCGUCACAUGGACUGCUGUUCCCAGGGGUCAGCGUCCCACACAGGCCGCUCGACAUUACAUGACUGUACCCGCAGGGGGGGUGAGAGUGAACCGCAGGCACUCCCUCAAUGCAGACUCAUACAUGGAGCGCUGCUACGUGGCCUACCCCAAACCUGGGGCCAGUCUGCGCUCCAAGCGGAGCCUGUCGAUGAGCGGAGAGCUGCCGCAGCUAGAGGGCACGACAAACAUGCACCGGGCCAGGGACAAGCUCUCCAGGUCUGAGUGGCUUCUGGAGAGCACUUUAUGAUUUGGAGUUUAUGAUCCGCGUUCUCUUGUUUUCUUGGAUUGGAUUUGUAGCCCGUUGUGGAGCAGACAGGGAUUUUAUGCCUUGUUUUGAGCUUUUGUGCACUCUAUUGAGGGACCAGUAAGCUUCUCUCAUAUACAUAUGGGGGCCACGCAGGCAUAAAGGGUUAUGGGAAACGUUUCACAUUUGUUUUGUACCUUAUAACCUUUCAAAGUCGUCUUUAUAACGACAUUUGAUCAAACUUUGACAAAAGGCACAACAAUGUAUAAAACAACUUCAUGUACAAAUAUGUUUAGUUGUGUGAGAUGCUGUAUAUCUCAAUACAACCAUAAGUGUUCAUGUGGUAUUGAAUGCAGUAACCUGGACAUACUGUAUAAUAACAAAGAACGAGACAUGCAGGGGGUUGGCUUAUUAUACUCAGUCUCAUUGCCUGUAACUUAAAGUGAUCCAAUCUCUGUAGACUUUGAAUAGGAUUCUUGUCUCCAGCUACAGACAGACAAUGACAUGUCUUAAUUACCCUGGCUUGAGAUUACGAAUGUGCUUUACAUCCCAGAGGUGUUGCAACAGAAUGUAGUAGACAGACAGCGCUCCAUCUUUUCAUCGCGACACCCCCAGACACAGCACAAUGCAGUAUUUUUGUGGCACAAAUCGACUCAGCCUAAUACUGCCCUCCGGUUUGAAUCGAUACAUUUUUAUCACAUAAUUACAUAGAGACUCAACUCUGAUAGGAUUCCUGUCGUGACUGAUUUGAGCAACAAUUGAACCAACACCAACAGCAUGACAGGUGCAGGAAGUAAUCUGAUAUUACGUGUGGAUGAGAUCCAGAGGAAUGGUUCAUUUCCACAUUUUUUACUGACCGACAUUAUCAUGUUACGCCGAUGACAACCGUGUAAAUUUACUCGUCGAUGUAAGAGAAAUGAUAAUCACAGGUGGGGGAGGACGUCAGCUCUUGAUUUUGCUGUUGUUUCUGUUUGAUGUUUACCAGUAUAAAUAAACCAGUGAUAAAAGGGACAAACUCAGA